AUGGCUUCCCCCGACGCGCUCCCCCCUCCCUCGUCCAGCGACAGCCAGACCGUCGCGGCCCCUCCGCCCCUCCCGAACUCGGGCCACGAGACCAACCCCGACCUGGAUGUGACGAAGCUGCAUGCGCUUCCCUCGGAGCAGCAGGAGCUCUACCUGCUCACCUUCACCGCCGAUCUGGCCCGCCAUGCCGCCAGCCUCGACGCCGACGGCGCCUCCGCCCACCAAAUCUACAUCAAAAAGGAGGCCUUCAAGGUCAUAAACCUUUCCUCGCCUGCGCCCACCCGCGUCAUUCGCAGCAAUGUCGGCCGCGCCCUCGCCGAUGUCUUCGCCAAGGGCGACCGCAAGCUGCUGUUCGAGAGCAUCAAUGAGUUGGUCUCUAUUCUGGCCAGCUCGAGCAAGGGUGACAAGGAGCUCAAGGCCAAGCAUGCCGCCGCUCACUGCCUGGGCGCCAUAAUGGAAGCUGCCGGCGACAGUGCCAUUGGCCCCUCGAGUCUUGCAACCUUGACCCUGCUGCGACAGCUCAAGGCCAAUGCCCAGAACCACACCGGCUUCCGUGCUGCAGUCUUCCGCGCCCUCGGUCGCAUUGCAAAGGGUGUUACGAGAUUGCUGGACGAGCAGGUUGCCCGCGACACCUGGAAGCAGGCGCGAACCGCCGCCGCCGGUGACAAGAGCCUGGCUGUCCAGAGUGCUGCGUGCUGGUGCCUGGAGCAGUUGAUCCGGUCCACCUCGUACUUCGACAACUCGAACGACUUCGACAAGCUGCAGACUGUCAUUUGGAAGGCCUUUGACAACCCUUCCCCGAGCGUCAGGCAUGCUGCCGCCUCGGCCCUGGCGACUCCCUUGGUGAAGAGCUACUCCGAAUCCCCAAUAGUUGACGCAGUCCCCCGGAUCAAGAAGCCAAAAAAGUCCAAGAGGCAGUCGACCAUACAAGACGCUGAUGAGGAAAUGGCCGAGAGACCUGGUUCUCCCGCACCCACCAAGCCCAUUACUCAAUUGGCCUUUGCGCUUCCGGGCUUGUUGAAGCAGCUGUCCACACAUUAUGCCCGAACUGCCACAAGCAAUCGCGCGAGGACGGCUAUCGCGGUUUGUUACAUGAAAAUCGUGAGGGGUCUACCCAAGAGCGUGAUUGAGACCAAGUACGCCGACAUUGCGAACAACCUUUUCAACGACGUGCUGAGCGCUCCACCCAUCGUCAACAACCGGUACCGCCAGCUGAUGACGCGCCGAUUUGUACGCCUUAUUCUGGAAGAUGUGGUCGGGCGCCAGAUCUUAGGUGAAACCGCCCAGCUCAACGCCGCAAAAUUCCUACUCAACGAGAUCCUGAAGGACUAUCCUCCAGCCCUGAAGGAGCGUCCAGAGCCGAGCAAGCAGACAUUGACUGGCGCCUUGACAGCGUUGACGUCCCUGAUCCAGAGCCUCGGCUCUGCCACGAACUCGGUUGCAGAGCUCUGCAGAGAUGCGCUGAUUGGCGUGCUGCAACAUCCAAGCUACACAGUACAGGUGCACGCCUCCUCAUGCCUUCGCGCAUUCGUGCUUGCAUGCCCUCAGCAGCUGAUUCCAGCCGUCACGAUUUGCAUGAACAGCGUGAACCGCGAGUUGGGUCAGCUCACUGGCCCCCGACCGUCGCCGAGGAAAUGCGUUGGCUUUGCAAAUGGUCUUUCUGCUGUUCUCAGCACGAGCUCCGCUCAGCCCCUGUACGGUUCCGUCGACGUCAACUCGAGAGUCCUUCAGCAGGCUACGACCCUGCUCAAGAGCAGUAGCAGUUCAGACAUCAGGAUCUCCAGCACUCAGAUCCAGGUUGCAUGGAUUCUAAUCGGAGGUCUGAUGACCCUAGGGCCAAACUUUGUCAAGAUUCAUCUCUCGCAACUGCUUCUUCUGUGGAAGAAUGCCUUGCCAAAGCCAUUGAACAAGGACAGCAUGACAUCGCGCAACCUUCUCGACCUCAGCUUUCUGGCUCACGUCCGUGAGUGCGCUCUCGGCUCCGUCCUGACCUUCCUCGAAUUCAACGGUCGCCUCCUUACUACCGAUGUUACGAAACGCCUGGCCGCCAUGCUACAAAACACAACCAUGUUCUUGAACAGCCUCCCGGCCAAAAAGACCACCGACGAUAUGUCCCAGCGCUUGUCCUCGGCUCUUCAGCUGCAUGACUUCGAUCUCAUGGUGCGUCGCCGGGUGUUGCAAUGCUAUACGAAGCUCGUCAAUCUCAGCCCGGCGGGAAACAACGAAAUGCUGUUGCAGUCCAACUUGUUGCCUUUUGCUGUCUCUUCCUUUGCUGACCCCGAUAACUAUGCCCCGAGUUCAUUGAGCGUGUCGAUUGCCAGCUCAGCGAGCACGUUCGAAAGCAUUUGGGACGUCAGUGACAACUAUGGCUUUGGAGUUACGGGUCUUGUACAGGGAUUUGACCUCAAACCGCUAAUGGGCGAACUUGGAGAGUCGGGUAGGAAACACUGGACCUCAAAGCCGGGUUCCGAGCAUGCCGCGGAUGCUGCUCUUUUAUCACCUAUUUGCAACGCCAGAGAGCACGACUCAAUAUCACUCUAUAUUGGCAAGGAUACCGAUAAUUCCGAGCUUCCUGACCCGCCUGCCACUGAGGUUGUUAACGCAGCUCUCAACCUGUUCGCCAUCUUGCUUCCUUUGCAGACUCCGAAGGUUCAGGAGAGUAUAUUAGAGCAAAUCACGUCCUUCAUGUCGGCGAACAGCCUGACGAGGGAUCCUGCUAGGAAGGCUGCCAUGACUGUCAAUGUUGCUACAGCCCUUCUUGGCGCGCUCAAGGUUGCAAACAAGGAGACACUUUCUGCCCCGGGCGAUCUCAAGGGACAGGCCGUGGAGAAGGUCAUGCAGGACAUGCUACACACGCUCAUUGUCGACACGGACCAAUAUGUACGAAAUGUAGCCUGCGAAGCCCUGGGUCGUCUCUGCGCAAGCUCUGGAAACACUUUCACCACCGCAGAAGUCAACUAUCUCGUGGAACAGAUCGUCGCCAACCGUGAGCCUAACGUACGUGCUGGCUGUGCGGUGGCACUUGGUUGUAUCCAUUCCCAGCUCGGUGGCAUGGCGGCUGGCUUUCAUCUGAAGAACAUCCUCAGCAUCCUCAUGUCUCUGGCCAGCGAUCCGCAUCCUUCAGUUCACUUCUGGGCUCUGGACAGCCUCUCACGGGUUGCAGACUCGGCCGGUUUGAGCUUCUCCGGAUUCGUCACCAGUUCCCUCGGUAUGCUGGCUCAGCUGUACAUGGCGGAAACGCACAGCGAGGAAAUUGCGGCUCUUGCGUCAUCUAACAUGGAAGUUGAUCUUUCGACUCCAGCCGUCAUUACUCGUUGCGUCGACAGCAUCAUCAACGUGCUCGGCCCGGAUCUUCAAGACAUGUCCAAGGCUCGCGAUCUGAUCAUGACUCUCAUUUCCCAGUUUCUUAACGAAUCCGACCUGUUGGUUCUCGUCGAGAGUUUGAGAUGCCAGGAGCAUCUCUCCCUCUACGCACCUGGUCAUAUGGAAUUUGCUGUCUAUGUCAAGGGUCUGCAAAGGGACCUUGAUUCCACGUCCUCGUUGAUCCGUGACAUGGCCAUUGACGGCCUCCACAACCUCAUGAGACGCAAUGCCGAUGAAGUAAUCCGUACCGCCAACCCCGGCCUCGAAGAUCAGCUAUGGCUGGUCCUCAACCAGAAUCCGCGUCACGAGGUCAUUCGCAGCAUCCUGCGUAACUGGCUGCACCAGACUGCGCUCUCCAACACUCUAGAAUGGGUGCAACGCUGCAACACUGCCCUCACCAAGAUCAUGAAGCAACCCGAAAACAAGGAGAGUGCGGCCCCUGCGAAGCCCAAAACUGCGCACACAGGCGGCGUGCCCGAACUACAGGAUGAGGAGGUGGCUGGAUUUGCCGCCGCUGCCGGAGCGCAGGGUGAGGAGUCUGGCGCCACUUCCCAGACGCAGGAGCUCCUGAACUGGCAGGUUCGCACGUUCGCCAUGGAUCUCUUGUCGGAACUCCUCACCAUCGUCGGUCGCGACUAUGCUCUUAAGGGCGAGGAUUGCAAGCCCCAGGAAGCUCUCCAAGCUCACAUUGCUGAUGUUGUCCGUAUUUCUUUCUCAGCGUCGACCGCUGGUGUGGUGGGUCUGCGGCUCCGCGGCCUUCGGAUCGUCGACCAAGUUCUCAAGACUUUCGGCAAGACACCCGAUCCCGACUUCCCAGAAGCCACGCUUCUAGAGCAGUACCAGGCGCAGAUUGGCUCAGCCCUGACGCCGGCGUUCGCGGUCGACUCCAGCCCUGAGCUUGCAGCUGAGGCUGUCAACGUCUGUGCAACAUUCAUCGCCACUGGAAUCGUGACCGACGUCGACCGAAUGGGUCGCAUCCUCAAGCUCCUCGUGCAGGCGCUCGAAAACUUCUCUGCUGACUCGGAGACCGCGAGUAUCGGCGAUCUCAAAGGCCUCAGCUCCAACGCACAGGUCAUGGUUAAGAUGGCCGUGUUCAGCGCGUGGGCGGAGCUGCAGAUUGCAAGCAAGGAACAGAAAUACUUGGUCGACGUCCUGCGCCCGUACAUCGCAAAGCUGACGCCUCUUUGGUUGAGUUCGCUGCGAGAGUUUGCACGACUGAGAUUUGAGCCUGAUAUCUCGACAACUGCUGCCGCAGGCAGCUUGAGCGGCAGCUUGGACACCAUCUACGCCGCACUGAACCGGGAGACGCUGCUCAAGUUCUACCAAGACUCCUGGCUCAACCUUGUCGACGCCAUCGCAUCUCUUAUUGACGAGGACGCCGAAUUUGUGUUCGAUGCAUUGGAUGGCAAGGAAUUUGAAGAAGACGACUCUGGCGAUGACCCCAAGGAGAAGAAGCCUGCUGCAGACAUCAACUACCGCGACGAGCCUGUAGCUUUCUUCUUCGUGCUGUUCGGCCUCGCUUUCGAGGCGCUCGUCACCACUGGCCGUCCCUCUUCGGGCGAUGCACAGUCGAACAAGGAACACACGCUGGAAAUCCUGAGAGCGCUCAAGAACAUCCUCAAGCCUAGCGUCAGCGGUCAUGCAAUCUACCAGGAAGUCGUUUUCUCGGAGACUAUGGAUAUGCUGGACAGGCUGGUGUUGACCGAGGGGCUGGACGUGCAGGAAGUGAUUGUGGAAAUCGCCAGGAAUUUGUGUCUCGCCCAUCCCAGCGCCCAGCGCUCUCAAAGCGUGCCAUGUGGCGAAGAAACAUUGUCGGACGACAUCGAGCAGCUUUUCGAACUUACGCGUAUCAUGGUUCUGGUGCUGGCUGGCCUCGUGCCGGGCUUGGGCGACAACAACGCACAAGCGCGCCACGCUUUGACAGACGAGUCCGUCCAGCUCAUCAGGCUCGCCCUGUCGGCACUUGUGGAUGCCGCAGAUGUCUUCCCAACCAUCAUCCGCACCGACCUUCACGCUUGUCUGCUCCAGAUCUUCAUCCAGGUCCUCGGCACUCCAUCUACCCAGGCGCUGGUCGUCCCCCAGGUCCUCCCCAUCUUCCGCCGCUUCGUGUCCAGCCUCGCCACCACGUCGUUGCCCGAGACGCAAUCACAGCUCCGCAGCACGCUCGAACGCUUCCUCCUCAUCAUAUCCCACGCCCAAAAGCGCGAAUUCGACGCCGCGCCUCAAUGCGAAAAGAACACGCUCCUCGCCACGACCAUCCUCCUCACCAACGCGGCCGGCAUCUUCGACCCGUCGGACCCGCUCCUCACGCGCUACACGGACCUCCUCGCCGACUGCCUGCACAACCGCGUCACCAGCAAAGUCGCGUCCAACUGCUGCCGCUCGCUGCUCGUCCUCCCCAAACGCGACGACAGCGCCCCGUCGGCGACGGCCGGCGCCCUCGCCCGCGCCCUCCUGCCCACCUCGAUCGGCUUCCUGUCGUCGCCGCCGCCCGACGACCUCGAAGGGCUCGACGAGUCCCGCGCCGUCGUCUCCCUCGCCCUCGUCAACCUCGUCGGCACCCUCCAGCCCGCCCGGGUCCCCGCCGCCACGGCGCUCGUCCUGCCCACGCUGCUCGCGCGCGCCAGCCGCGAGGGCGAGGCCUGCUACCGCGAGACGGCCGCGCGGCUGAUCGAGCUCGCCGGGCAGGGCCAGGACAGCUUCAGGGCCGUCGUCGGGACCGGGCUGAGCGCCGAGCAGAGGGCGUUUAUGGAGGGCGUCGUCAGGAGCGGCGGUGCGGCGGCGGCGGCGGAGCGGAAGACGCCCGUCCGUCAGGAUAGUUCGGGCGAGCCGAGCAUCGCGCUGAAGAUGGACUUUGGGGUGUAG